AUAAGUGUCGCAUUGUCGUUUCAUCGAUAGCAUACUCCGGAAAACUAAAAUUAUAUUCAAUAUGUUUCAAAAACCAUUUAGAGUUAAAACACAGACAGCAAUCAAAGGCUCCGAUAGGAAAAAGCUACGUGCCAGUAUAGGGUCAAGUUUUCCCACUUUGACAGCAGAUGACUUGACACAAAUUGUUCCUGCCAAGGAAGAAAUGACAGUAACAAAGAUUUACACAUAUUCUGGUGAUACUGGUAUAAUCUACAGUGUGGCAAAGAACCCUGUGGUUUUAGAACUCGAUAGACAACUUUACCCAACAGUUUACACACUCUGGAGAUUUCCUCAGAUGGUGUUUACACUAACAACUUGGCCGCAGCUACACAAAAAAUUUCUAGGAGGGGCUGAUCUAAUGCUGCCUGGAGUUAUAGUUCAAGGGGAGAUAACUCCAUCAACAUUCAAACAAAUCAGGAAGGGGGACACAUGUGCAGUAAAGCUGAAUGGCAACCUUGCACCAGUGGCUGUGGGAAAGAUGGCUCUGUCAGGGUCAGAUAUGUUUGACUCAGGAAUGCGAGGAAAGGGAGUGCAGUUUGUACACAUACUUGGAGAUGAGCUCUGGGCUUUUGGAGACAAGUCACAGCCACCACUCAUUCCCGAUGUAGAUGCUGUGAAGGAUAUUAACAUCGAUGCUGAAGGAGGAGCAGGGAAGGAUUGUUCCCCGGGGGAUGGGGAUGUGGCAGGGAAGGAUUCUGCCCCGGGGGCAGGGACGGAUAGUACCCCUGGUGAUGGGUCAUCAGAUGAGACCUCCCAGACUUACCCUGCUACUGAGACUAGAGAUGAAGUUGGAGAGACUGAGGAACACAUGAGAUCUGUGUGUAUAGAGGACAAUGUUGAUAAGUCUACAUUACCUGACAACCAGGGGAACAGAUCUGAAUCUGUACGCUCUGACUACUGUGGUAACGGUGCUGAAUCUGCACCAAGUGGUAACCAUGGUGACAGUACUGAAGUUACAGCUGGUGUUCCAGAUGUUUCCAUGUCUGUUGAUGAGGUAGACACUAUGCUGGACAAAUGCUUUAAAUGUGCUGUAAAAGCCUCGGUGAAGAAAUCUGACCUGCCCAUCCUCACUAGUGCCUUCUAUCGUCAACACAUACUCUCCUACUGCCCAGCAGGGAAAAGUUUAGAUAUAAAAAAGUCUAGUUAUAAAAAGUUAUCAAAGUUUCUAAAACAAAAAGAAAAGGAAGGCUACAUUGUUGUAAAGGAAUUAAAUAAAGGAGUAGACUCUAUUGUAAGCAUAGACAAGUCACACCAAGGCCUUAAAGAACUCACCCCUUCAGAUCUGGAAUGUUCUCAGAGUGAGGCUACUGACAAAGGUGGACGUGAUGGUGCAGAGUCAUUCCGAACCCCUACUAUUACGGAAAUGUUUUCCAUCCCAUCAGCUUUAGUACACCUUGUCAAACCCUAUGGUUACAGUAAAGGAAGUACACUGACAGUACGGGAGAUGAGGAAUGUGAUAACAGAUUAUGUCAGGGACAACAAUCUUCAGGACGAGAACGAUAACAGGAAUAUCCAGCUCGACCCACAUUUAGCGGACAUCGUGUUGAACAGAGGGGAGGGCAACACCCUCUAUAUGACCUGGGAAGACGUCAUCUCUAAGGUGUUGAGUAAAGCACAGCCAGCCUUUAGUGUGACAUACCCAGGAAAACCAGCUGUCAUAUCAAAAGGAAAAAUAGAGCCAAUCAAAAUAACAGUAGAACAGCGAGCCAGUAACAAAAAGGCCACUUUGAUUGACAAUUUAGAGAUGUUUGGUAUUGAUCCUGCGGAUGUGGCCCACCGUGUACAGGUGGGCGUGGCAUGUAGUACCAGUGUUAAUUCACACCCACAGAAAGGCAAGGGCAUGCAGGUUCUCAUGCAGGGUAACCAAGUAAAGUUUGUUGCAGACCUCCUCCUAGAAAAAUAUAAAGUACCCAGGAAAUAUGUUACUGGGCUUGAGAAGAUGCCAAAAAACAAGAAGAAAUGACUUUAGUUCACAGGUUUAAACAUUAAUGGUGAACAUUUUCUCCAAUCUACUGAAUACAGCUGGGAUGGUGAACAUUUUCUCCAAACCAUUGGGCACAGCUGUGAUGGUGAACAUCUUCUCCAAACCACUGAACACAGCUGUGAUGGUGAACAUCUUCUCCAAACCACUGAACAUAGCUGUGAUGGUGAACAUCUUCUCCAAACCACUGAAUACAGCUGGGAUGGUGAACAUCUUCUCUAAACCACUAAACACAGCUGUGAUGGUGAACAUCUUCUCUAUACCACUAAACACAGCUGUGAUGGUGAACAUCUUCUCUAAACCACUAAACACAGCUGUGAUGGUGAACAUCUUCUCUAAACCACUGAACACAGCUGUGAUGGUGAACAUCUUCUCCAAACCACUGAACAUAGCUGUGAUGGUGAACAUCUUCUCCAAACCACUGAAUACAGCUGGGAUGGUGAACAUCUUCUCCAAACCACUGAACACAGCUGUGAUGGUGAACAUCUUCUCCAAUCUACUGAACAUAGCUGUGAUGGUGAACAUCUUCUCUAAACCACUGAAUACAGCUGUGAUGGUGAACAUCUUCUCCAAACCAUUGGGCACAUCUGUGAUGGUGAUGGCCUUGUCCAAACCAUUGGGCACAUCUGUGAUGGUGAUGGCCUUGUCCAAACCAUUGGGCACAUCUGUGAUGGUGAUGGCCUUGUCCAAACCAUUGGGCACAUCUGUGAUGGUGAUGGCCUU